AAUCAGCAUCUUCAUUGGUGACCCACCUAAUGCAGAUGACUUCACUUAAAUAGCCUAUCUCAGCUGUAAAAUUCAAUGAGAGAAACACUUUCCUUUAAGCUUCCAUGAAGCUCAGUUGCUGCUUGUGGAUUCUGAUUCUUGGAACUCACGUUCUUGCAUUAGAAAAUGUGGCCUCCAACCUGACAACUACACCUGGAUCAAAGACCCUGCCUCUCAACGCAUCUCUUCUUUUCAUCUUACAAGCCUUGGCAAAAUCAGUCAUACCUCAGGAUAUCAUAGUCAAGGAGGGGAACUGUGCUUUCAUUGAAUGUAAGCUGAAUAUUAGUCAGUUUGAUUCCAUCCACUGGUACAACUCAAAAGGAUAUCUGCUGAAACAAGAUGGAGGAGAUGGAAGAUGGUUGAUCUCGGACGGUGUCCUUAAUAUCACAAGUGUAAGCUUUGGUGACCGAGGGCGAUACACUUGUGUCGCCAUUCAUGAAAAUGGGACUUCAUAUUAUUCAGUCACCCUUAGGGUAGUUUCCACAUCUGGGGAUAUGGGCAUCUACUACAUGAUCGUCUGCCUGGUUGCCUUUACUAUCACCCUUAUCUUAAAUAUAACACGUCUGUGCAUGAUGAGCAGCCACCUCCGCAAGACCGAGAAGGCCAUCAAUGAAUUCUUCAGGACAGAAGGGGCUGAGAAACUGCAGAAGGCCUUCGAAAUUGCCAAACGCAUUCCUAUCAUUACAUCUGCCAAAACUCUAGAGCUGGCCAAAGUUACCCAGUUUAAGACGAUGGAAUUUGCUCGGUACAUUGAAGAGCUUGCCAGAAGUAUACCUCUUCCCCCAUUAAUCCUUAACUGUAGGGCCUUUAUGGAAGAAAUCUUUGAGGCAGUGCGAGUUGAUGACCCUGACGAAGUAGGAGAUGUGGUCAAACAGACCCAAGCCCUUAGUGCCCAAGAAGGGAUCUAUCCCUUAAACCCAGAAAUAAAGCGCAGCAAUUCACCAGCAGGUGAUUCAGAUGAUGGUUCUGUAAAUGAUCAUGGCAAAGAAAUAGCUGUUGAGGUGUCUGUCCAUCUUCAGUCAGAAACACAAAGCAUUGACACUGUUUCUCGUGACAGUGUCCCCUCUAUACCUUCUGAAGAUGAUGCAUGUGCUUAAUCUAAGUAGAACAGCAAAGGCAGGUGUGUGAAAUCCACAUCUGAUUGCUUAAAAGGUUUGAGGAAAAAGGGAAAUCAAAAAGUAGCCACAGUCACAAAUGCACAAAAUUGUUAUUUUUAAGCUUCCUUGGGGACUGUAAUGUGCCAA